AUGAAGAUCCAAAGCAGCGUCUUCAGAAGAUUGAAUAGCAGGCUGUCUGCUUCACUAGGGCCGGGCGAGUCCUUCGGGGGCAGCGCCCCUAGUUCUAUUCUUAAGACUAUGUUCAACAAGGAGUCAACAACAGUUACCUAUACCAACUCAAAAGAAGGCAAGCCUACAACUGUGUCAUUUAGCAACCUCUUCUUAAGAGAUUCCUCAGGCAGCAGGAAAUCGGUAGACCCUUCAUCAGGCCAAAAGCUAUUUACAACCGGACAGCUGGUACUGAACCCCGCAUCGACAAUUCCACAGCGGGUAGAUAUUUCAGAAGACAAAAAGGGUCUCCAUAUUGAGUGGGGGGAUGGUGAUAAAUACUUAUACCCACUCGCCUUUUUAAAUCGCUAUUCAGGACAUUCUUCUGACCUAAAGUCAAGUCCUUACACACCGGUGCUAUGGGAUCAGGCGCUUUUGAAACAAAACAUAAAGUCCCUUCUCUCAACGUCUUAUGAUUCGUUUAUGGACCCUCAUAGUGACAGAGCGCUGUACAGAACCCUCGUGAACAUGCGCAAGUUUGGGAUCUCAUUCAUAACAGAUUUUCCCGACCAUCAGACAUCUUCUGAAAGCCUUGUCAAAAAAGUAGCUGAGCGUAUCGGCCCCAUUAGACGGACUUUUUACGGGGAGACGUUUGAUGUUGUCAAUAAGCCAGACGCAGAGAAUAUCGCAUACACCAAUGUUGCGCUCCCGCUCCAUCAGGAUCUACUGUACCUUGACAGCGCCCCUGGAUGGCAGAUCUUGCAUGCUUUAAAAAACCCCCCCGGAGAAGGUGAAGCGGGGAUGAGCUACUUUUCGGAUGCGUUCAACGCUGCGAGAUACGUCCACGAUACCCAUGCAGAUGCCUACGAAGCUCUGACUCAAGUCCCAAUCAACUACUGCUACCAGCGGGACGACAAACGCUACUAUAACUCUCGCCCGUUGGUUGUUGAAAACGAGGCAACUGCGGAGAACCUUGCACUUUCAAGCUUUGCUUCGCGGAUUAAAGAAAUAAGCUACUCUCCAAUGUUUCAGGCUCCGUUCGAUUUUGGGAUAUGGGAGAAACCUAAGGAUCAUGAUAUCUCAACCCCAAGUGGGAAAAUGACACAGAGGCUUAUUUUUAAGGAAUUUCUACGCGGACUCGCGCAGUUUGAGAAAUUCGUCAAAAUGCCCCAAAACCAGUUUAGGCUCAAGCUUCCAGAGAACACCUGCGUGAUAUUUGAUAAUAGACGUAUACUACAUGGGCGGGCUGCAUUUAGCGGUGAGCGGUGGCUCCAAGGGUGCUAUCUCGAUGACGAUGCCGUAAAAAGCAGGCUUUUACAUCUUAUCAAAACGGGUGAUGAAUCGCUCACCAAAAACUAG